AUGCAGCAAACCCUACUGCAGCAGCGAGACUACGUCCCCUCCCGAGAAUUCACUCGUCGUAUGCUUGCGCGAUUUCGUCUACGAGGGAGCACCUUCUCCGGGGUACGGUUGGCCGCGCUUGUGCUUGAUCCUUCCGUUGCGGCUCGCCUGCAAGGUGCAGGAAACUCUGCAUUCCCCGGGCUGACUGGGCCCAAGAUUCUCGGAUAUAGGCCGUGGACGCACCAAAUGACCAUUCGUACAACACGCGGCAAAUUCAGUGUGGCUCGAGCAGCAGUCAUGCUCGCAGAGGAAUUACGCCGCGCUUACGAUGAACUUCGUCAAACCACAUGCAUCCCGGACGUCUGGCGACUGGGCGAUGGUGGUAUCACUUUCGACCAGAUCUUCCUUGUUGAGAUGUUCCAGGUUUGUCGUCGCCACAGAACAAUGGCCAUAGUCGAAGAAAUCACCGUGUCAAAGGACGACGGCGCAUUGGCUACGUCUUCUAAAGACACCAGUACUCCCUUCAUGGACUUCCACCCUCGCGCGUACAAUAAGCGAAAGCGAAUUGAUGAAGACGAUGAGACCGAACUCCACCUUGAAUUAAAACAUCUCAUCAAACGCCGUCGUACAGAGGGCCCGGAGAGUAUCGGGGAUAUGUUCAAGAUCUGCUCAGAUAUCAUCGCGCGUCUCUUCCGUCGGCCUGCGGCUGCAGCAGAAAAUCAUGAAGAUCACGUAGAGAGCACUCAGCCUGUGGCUGCAGCAGAGGAUAAUAAAGAUCACGCGGAGAGCAGUCAGCCUGUGGCUGCGGUCGAGGAUACCAAAGAUCACGCAGAGAGCAGUCAAUCUGUGGCUGUGGUAGAGGCUCAUGAAGAUCAUGUAGGAAGCACGAUGACGCUAACAGAUCUUCCAUUGGACAUAUUGUUGCAAAUCUUUUCUUUCCUCGACCCUGGUGAUCUUCUUAUCCUGGCGCGAACAAACAAGCCCUUCAGAAGCACGCUCAUGCACCGCGAGUCAAGGUCCAUCUGGACGGCCGCCAUUGCCGAAACGCCCUACCUCCCACCAUGCCCCGAGUGGCUAACUGAGCCACAAUACGCGGACCUUGCCUUCGGCGAACAGUGCUACUUGUGCGGCACCAAAGUUUUCAAGCCCAGACGAUGGACAUACUGGGAGUACAACGUGCGCUACUGUGGCUAUUGUAGCGCACAAAUGAAGCAUUUAGGCCGCCUCUCGCGCAAUGUGUACUAUGGUCACCUCCUCCCAGUGAAUCUAGAAUUGAAGGGUGAUGGGCAUUAUAUCUACCACAAGCCCGACUUGGAAAGGAUAAAGAUCGAGCUGAAAGAAGCAUGGGCAGUACAUGUCGACAAAUGCAAUGAGCUCAUCGUCAAAUAUAUGGCAGAAUGCGAGAAAAUCAUGCCGCCGGUCUAUCAAGCCGUCUUUAUUGCAAAUCUCGCGCCUCGAGACCGACACACCAUGGCAUACUGGUCCAUUUCACCAUUGUUUCAUCUCUAA